UGUCAUCACAAAAGUGAAUUUGCCGUGUUCAAAAAUUAAAACUUCCUUUCAGCUGAUGUUUGUACGCCCAAAGCACAAUCUGACUGAUAGAGGACAUUUUGACAGUAUGUUCACUUGAUUUUAUUAUCACUUGUAUGGGAUUUGCAUGGUACGUGAUUUGGGUGUGAUAUAUGAUUCACGAUACUUGAUUGUAGACAAGUUUCACUGUGACCGUCACUAGCUUGCACGAUGACCAUGAACCACACAAAGCUGCUGGACCACUGUGUCCGGAUGCUGAACACCUUCAACGAGGAGACGGUGUCACUUGAAGAACACGUCAAUCAGUAUUUGAAACACCAACAGAUCACAGACGAGACUGACCAGGCGUUUGUAGUGGAGGUGUUCUCGGGCUGUAUCCGCUACUCGCUCAUCAUGAAGGUCGUCGUCGAUGGAUAUUACAACAAAGACGGGAAGAAGAUGCUGAGAUCAGAGCAACAUUUAUACACAGUUCUUUGUUACUUGGUAUUGUUUCGGCUAGAUGAACUGGGCAUGUCACAUUAUCGUAAAUUUGUUCAAAAUCAAGACAUUAGGAAAAUGCUUAAGUUCUUCACAUUUUUCUUGAAUGACCACUACCUGGUUUCAUGGAUGAAGGAUGAAUGGGAGAAGGAUUAUGAGCAAGAAUUUGUACAGAACAAAGUCAUUUCACCCCUCCAAGGAUGGUUAUCUGAUCUGCUGGAAAUGUUGAAGAUGCUGAAUAACAAAAUGGAGAACGAAAAGAAGCCAAAAGUAGUGACGCAAGCACAGACAGAGUGUCAGCCUUUUGACCUCACACAGCCAAAACCUAAAAGUAUUCCUUUGCCCGAACCUAUUCCCAAACUGCAAAAGCACAACCCUGUACCCAAAACCUUGUACAGAGAUCCGACGGAGUUUGACAAGCUGUCCAAGAUAAAGCAGAUCAACAGACACCAGGCUGAGGAGAGACUGAUGGAAUCGUCCCGAUACCAGUUUGCGUGUGCUAAUCCGGAGAAGUCGAACAAGACAAAAGAGAAACUCCACAACAUAGUAAUGAAAGAGGAGUCCAAACUGGAGUUUGAUAAGAAGAAAGCUUUGCCAAAACCGGCAUUUUUGCAUAAAGAAGUCCCAGUCAAAUUAAAUGCAGCCACAAUCCUGAGAGAUGGAAUUCGCUAUAAGAAACUUGAAGAAAAAGAAAUGGACCGAUAUAAGAAGCUUGAAGCUGGAGCCCGUGAUCCAAGACAUUUUGAGGAGUGGCAGUCCGAAAUGCGCCAGAAGGACAUUGAGGCCCAACUGGCCGACAUUGAGAGACGGCGUCUGAUAGGCAAACUGAGCCACGAGGAGGCCAUUCUCGCCAGACAGAACGUCGUCAUGGAGAACAAGAAGACCGUACAGGCCAUGAAGGAAGAGACUCAAAGGAUGAUGAAAGAGUAUUUUGAAAAGAAGUUCCAGGAAGAACAAGAAAUAAAGCAACUUUUAGAAAACACUAUGCAGGGACACAAAAAUGCUAAAGAGGCAAAGAAAAAACUUCAAGAGUACAACCAAAGGAUUGUUCAAGAAGUCAAUGAGGAAAGUCGGGAGUUGAUGAAGCGAGCAUUGGAGGAGGCCGAAGCUGACAUGCGACGUAAGAUGGAGUUGAUUCAGCAGAUCCGAGCGAUGGAAGCGGUCCCCGUGAUGCGACAGAAGUUCGUCGACCUGACAGCCACGUCCGGCCAGGGCUUGCUUAGUGAGAUGUCGAUCGCAGAACUGCGUGAGAGGUUAGCUUUGCUUAAAGUGGCUAACGAGGAAGCGGAAGAACUGAAGAGAGAUGAAAUUUUGGAAUCUAAGCAGAACAAGGAUCAGCUACUUCUGGACACGUUGGAAACAAUAUCUAAACACCGAACAGAGGAAAUGCGGGCAGCGGCCAUGAGGCUCGAAGAGAAAAAGAAGAAGAAGUCACAGAGGCCUGAGAUAAAGGACGAGAAACUGCUGGAACUGCAGCGUAGGUUGGAAGAGAAGAGACUGGCGAGGAUUGAGGCCCAGCAGAAGAGUAAAAUCACCCCCACCCCAGAGUCUGUAGAACAUACGAGACGUAUCGUCAGUCAAAAGCAAAGGUUAGAGGAGAGUCGUUGGUUUGAGCUAGAACAGUCAAGGGAGAGAACUGCAAAAUUAGCAUCGAAAGGAAUUGCGUCCAGUAAAACAGGACGUAAACUUACCCCACCUGAUUCUUUUGUGAUGGCCAGCUAAUGACAGUUACAACAAAUAUUACCGUACAUAUUUCAGGUUUGGACUGGUCCCAUAAAAUUCUUUGAACCAAAAAAAAUAAAAAAUCCAAAUUAAAAACAACUUUCCUUGUGUUCCAAAAAAAGAAAGAAAGAUGGUUAAUUUAUAAAUUUGAUUUCUAGAUAAUAUUCAGUCAGAAUUCCAUUUUAGUUCCACACUUGAUUGAAAAGUAAAGCACAAAUAAUAACAAGUUUCAGGGAUGGGGUUGUUUUUUGGGGGGGGGGAGGGAUUGCUGAUCUCUUUUCUUUCUCAACUUUGAACUCAUUUUUUAUUUCCACUCUAUCAUUAUCUUGUUUUUCAAAGUUUUGCCAUCCAACUCAACAUUCCAAUACUUGUCUUUCCAACUGCUGAUGUUAAUAUGCUGAAUCCAUGGUGUUCUAGUUUACAUGUGAACACUCAAAAUCAUUUGUACUAUGAUCUUAACAUAUGCAUAUUCAUCACCUGAAACUAAACAGAAAACAUAUUAAAACUUCCUCACCAGUAUACAUCAGUUUACUCCAACAAAGUCUUCAUAAAAUUCGGUACGGUUUGCUGCUAUAAUUGUAUUAAUGUACCAAAAGUUCAUAAAUCAUUCUAAUACUCCUAGAAUAAGUAUUGUCACUGUAGAAAACAUAUCUGCAAAUGUACAGAUAACUUUCCAAAAUAUCAUAGUUUUGAAAAAUACCUGAAUUAAUCACAAAUAUUAGUUCUGUGUUUUGAUGUGGUUUUAAUAUUUCCAUAUACUUAUGUUUCUUUGACACCCAAUAGCCGAUGUGUAUUUUUGUGCUGUGGUGUCGUUAAACAUUCAUUCAUUCAUUCAUCCAUUCA